ACUAAUUUAACAAGAUAUAACAAGUAAACAGGAUACGAAUGUAAUCUUUUCUAUGAAAUGAAUGAUAUAAUCAACGCCUAACUCUUUGCUUUAUUGUUUGCGUAGAGCCAACAAUAUGUUUAUAUAAAUAUUACAUAUGCGUAUGUGGAGUUUAAUAAAAAGCUGCAUCUUAACGUGAAUACUGAAUAAAUUGAAGAGUGCAUUUUGGUAUAACGAUGCAUCUGCUGCUGCGAUUCGGACUGACAUGUGUGUUUAUUGUGAUGUGUUCUACUGACAAAUCGGGAACAUGUCCACCCCUCGAAGGCGGGAUUGAGCUUACGGUGUGCAAGUGGGAUUGCACGUCCGAUUAUGGCUGCCCAGGUGAACAGAAAUGCUGCUCCUAUGGCGGCUGUGUGGACGUCUGCCGGACACCAAUAAGUGCUUUAUCCCAUCCUAUCCCAGUAAAGCUCCCUCAACUGUGUACUUGUGUAUGCGUCACAUCACCCUGCCCGUGCUGCCCCGACGGAAGUGUUUGGAACCAGUUAGAAUGAAGACCAAUGGGUUGACUAAGAGGUGUUGAGGGAUUGUGUGUUUAAUAUUUGUUACAUACAAUACAAUUUAAGAGCAUAUUUCGUUUUUCCGUGUGUGUUUUAGUUCCAUAUAACAUCUUAGCUCACAACCAUUGAACUUAUUCGCAAUACACAUAAUCCUUAGUAACAAAUGCUGCUGCGUUUGCCCUUCGGUUCGACAUAAUUAAACAUCAUGGACUGAAACACGUUAUCAGAACACCAAACAUGCACCAUGUUCUUUGUAGCUGGUUUUUUGUAGCUAGUCGAUUAAGAAGGUAACAUUAGUGAUGUCUGCUUGUUCGUGUAAUUUUGCAAGGUUUGGACACCGCAUGUGACUCAAAAUAAUACAUAAUUUAUAUUCUCUCUAAGAAAACUUGACCAAACACGUGUGCGUACACUUUCGUCAAUGAUUAGACUGGGCAGUCAACACAGGUUUAUCAGAAACGACACAUUCCUUGGUUUAGAGAAUACAUCGUUAUGAAAAUUAUUUUAACGAAAACCCCAGAGCAGAUGAACAGUAUCGUCCCUGAUUAUCCUCUUCGGAUUGUACAGGCUAGUCUGGUACGACGAUUUACCCACACGCAUUAAGCCCGGUUUUCCAAAGUUCAUUCUAACCAAAUAAGUAACAUAAGUAACAUAAGUAACAUAAUUGUCCUCUAAAAUUGUGUGGAAUCGCGAGAAACUUAAUGUGAUACGUUACGUCGUUGAAUUGCAAAUUACGCAACAGUUAAAGUUUCAUUUUUAUAUGCUUAUAUUGUUUUGAAGAAACAAUUCAAGCACAUGGUAUUAAAAGAACACUUUACAAAAUUCCGAACAAAUAGACAGCACAAAUAACCUUUUUUGUAAUUCUCUGUUCAUGUGUUUUUUGUUUUUUAAUUCGGAAAAAGUGAUUCUCCGUACUAAAUAAAUAUUUUCUUCACUGUG